CGACUCUCCACGACAGGACCCGCAGAAACACCACGAGAAUAUCGACUACAACGACGGCCCGGGGGUGUGGCCAACAGAGGACAUAGAAAACGUUAAGGAACCAGUGGGGAUGAUGCACGAGAAAUACCACGGUUUUUUGACCCAAGCCUCGAUUGACGACGUGGAAAGGAAUUUCUACAAAAAAAAUAUUGCUCCUCCUGUCCAGACGAAAGUUCCGCGAACUCUGAUUCUCACAGCGUUUUUUGACGAGAAGGAUGUGACUUUGGACGAGUUUCUGAAGUAUCAGCAGUGGAUAGAUCCAACUUUAACACAAGGAUUUGCGCAGUGGGCCAAGUUAAACGCGGGACCGGGGAAAGAGUUUGAAGUGAAGCUAUCAUUUGUAAAAACGUCCCCACCGCCCCAGAGUCAAGAUGGGGAUUUUGCAACACAAACCUUGAAGUUUUGGGAGGCACGCAUGACAUCAUGUUGCAGGCUGUAGUGUAAUACAAUUUAGCAAGGGAAGCCGCAUAGCAAAUCCAUCUUCUUAUCCUGUUUACAGCACCAUCACAAGUUCUAAAACACGAUCAUGGGAAAUGCCUCUCAUGGAGAUGCGCAUUACAAAUGCUCUUGUGCUUGUAGAUCUGCAUGAUAACUCUGGGGUCGGGAGAAAAAGUGGCCGGGAGAUGAUGGUGAUGGCACUUUGGUGUCCGCCUGACCCACCCGCCCGGCGCAUCAAGCCAUCUGCGGCCAUGGUGCAAUGAAUGGGGGGGCAAAGUGUGUCGCAUUUUGUUUAGCAUGACAACUCUGGGGUGAGCGGGAUGUUUUUACACAGGAUAGAAGUUCUUCAACCUGAAUGCGGCGAGAGAAUAUCUGCAGGAGCAUUACAAAAAGGAAAUGCUCUGGGCUUUCGACGCGUUCGAUAUCUACACCAUGAAAUCUAUCAACUGCAAAUAUGUCUGGGUCUGGAACAAAGCAACUUGUCAUGCUCAAUCAAUCUGAAUCACACUCAUCGUAAAAAUCUGUGUUGCAUGAUUACCAAAUGCUGUCCACUUUUGACCUAAUCGAGAGGCAGUGUAUCAUGUAGGAUAAGUAGGCAUGAUAGAACUCGCCGUACAGAGUCUGUCACGCUAUGUCCUCCAUACCAGACGAGACCUCAUGGGUCACGAAAAACCUGCAUGACAAGUCUGGCACUCUUCCAGACCCAGACACAAUUGCAGUUGAUAAAAUCCGACUUGUUCCGCUUGCUAUUCCUGUACCGGGAAGGAGGCGUCUACUGUGACUGGAAAGUCGGCCCGACCGUCGGCUGGGACAAGCUCUUGGAGAUGGCGUUUUCCGGGACGGAAAAGUUCCGGUCCCCAAGAAAAGUGACGAGAGACCCCGUCGCGGGCACGGUCGUUGCGGAGGAAAAAAUGCAAAACAAGGACGACAUUGGGCUCAUCUUUGCCUGCCAAGAGUUCUCGUUUUCGUUUGGGGUCAAAGACCCUAAUUUUUUCGAGUCGUUUCCGGCUAUCAAGCAGUUGCCCAAUUGGCCGAAUCAAGACUCAUCAUUACAAGGCUUGACAAAUGGUUUCAUGGCGGCGAAACCUCUAAACCUACUCCUCGGGGACAUGAUCUACCAUUUAUUCCGCCGUGCGGAAUUGCACAGCUACGGAAACACCCCUUGGGAUACCACGGGACCGAUAGGGCUCUACAUGUCCUUACUCCGGGCAGACCCCACGAAGGUGAAAAGAAUGCCAGAGGUGUUGCAGCAGGCCCUCGCGCGGCACCAACUAGUACUCGCCGGAGGUAAGCGAAGGACGUUCUUUCGAAGCGGGGGGCAGACUUCAUCUACACAGGAGCGUCAGGCCUUAAACGAUCAUCAAAACCGUGCACAGACUAGUGCGCCGAGCAGUUCGACGUCUUCAAAUAAUCUUGCUGGCCUUCUCGACUCUGCGGAUUGGGCUAUCCAACCACAAGCGCGGCGCAAAAACGGCGAUGUGCUGGGAAAGUGGGAGUGUUCGCAGCUCCAGGGGGGGCCGGGCGACGCGGCCUUUUUGUACUUCAACGGAAAAGGGCAAUGGUUUCCGAACCCUGAAAUCGCGUCCUCCCUUCCGGGGAAUGACCCAGAGAUCGCGAAGCUCACAGUGGCAAAAAUGCUCUGGUCGGGCCGCGCGGGCGGCGGGUGGAGCCGCGACGGCACCAAGCCGCUACCGUCCGGAAUCCGCCGCCACCUCGGCGGGCAGAGUUACAUGGAAACCUGGAAGAAAAGGAAGUGGUUCGCCGCCAACUGCUAUGCAUUGCAAAUAUCGAUCUGGGGCUGGAAGGAUCGCAAUUUGUGAUGCGAAUUCUACAUCAUGAUAAAAUCUGCCAUGCAUGGCCAGCAAAAGGCUCCAUUUGUUCUGUAUACCGAAAGAGGGGAUUUGUCAUGCGCAUCAGGCAACACCAACAUUUGGAGACCUGCUCGAAAUUAUCUGUGAUUCUAGGGCUUCCAUGCCCGACGAUCUUCCGGGACUGGCAGAAACUGCAUGACACGUCUCGCACUGGUCUUCCAGACGACCCAGACACAUUUGCAUUCGAUAACCGUUACGAGGAGGUUCCAGGGGUGCCAUGGCCGGGCGUCGCGGAUAAGGAGUACCAGUGUCGGUAAAAAGAAGGGACGACGAACAGCUGCGCAAUAAAUGCAAACGCAAGUAGUACUUACAACUGUUUGUAUAAAGUACUUUCUACUACUUCAGCACGAAGCUAAGAUUACUCCAUGUAACUACAAGACGGCGCUUGAGUAUUAUAUCCUCGUCAUCCGACGGACAUUUUCAUUUUCCAGCGCGCCUUAAAUAAAUAUCUUUGCGCCUUAUCGUAGUUGUCCAACGGGUGCGGGCUGGUGCUGGUGGAGCACUACGACGUAAUAUUGGUACUUAUCUUAGGUCGAACUUGGAAUUGGAUGCAACUACAAGAACUCCUGCAUCUAACAUGGAGAAAUAAAGCACGACCAAGAUGAACCGAGCGCAGCUGUAGAAACGCCCCUUAUGCUCUAGGAAAUUGCACUAACGAAGCGAGGCCACGAAUUGAAAUGAAUACCAAGCCCAAGUCUCGUCCUGAUCGGAGUGCGGGUGCCUUUUUCUAUUUACAAACUGAGUUCUGGCGGAAAAGAUUUUAUUUCGCCAAUAAGAAAAGAACAAAACAUAAACAAGUGUAGCCGCGACAUCGCCAGGACUGACGGCGCAGCAACAGCGUCCAACGUCGUAAACCAUGUGGAAAAUAGAUUAAAGAAGAGGAAAAAUAAAAGAAGAGGAGGUAGUGGAGAAAUAACAGGAGCGGGCUUUACUAGUGGAGAUCUUAAACUCGGAGUACUUCUACCAGAACAAUUUCAACCGGAUGGAGAUCAUGCAUACAAAAAUUCUCAAUCGCAAACUCGAACUCGAGACCACGAGCGAGCAUCUGUUAUGUAAAUGUUUUCGAGCAAGCGAAUGCGUUCUUUCACAACGGAGACGCCGGCAGUAAACAAAGUGGAGGACGGAAGACGGGAUGAUGACAAUUGUGAAUCUUGAACUUCGUACUACCUCUAACACGACGUAAGAAACAUGAAAAACAAUUAGCUUUACAGAUUUCGGGUAGUUCUUUUAUAUUAGUGCUUUACAUUUUUACACUUAGUGUUAGUUUGCCGGCGUCUAUACCCGGAGAGGAGCAUGGUUGCGCCCAGCUCCGCUAGAGACAUGACAGGGCAUCUUGAUUCGGAAAUUGAAAAGAGGCACGCUGUCGCUUUUCAAAGGAAUUCAAAAUGCUGCCAGCCGGCUAGUAUAGUAGGUGAUAGGUGUGUUUGCUCUCUUGUUUGUAUAAUGUACUGAUAGAAAGUAAGUAGACGUGUAUGAUAUAGCGGGCUCUGGAAGAUGGUUUUUACUACAAAUGCAAACUGCGACCACGUCCAUCCACCCCGAUCAAAAAUGUAACGCUUUCUCGUGCGAAUUGACAUGAAAGCUACCUGCCCUGCGUCUUGCAUGAGAUGUUUUUUUCUGUUACAGCUCCCUUUGUCCUGCAUUUUUACAAAUUCCGCAUGGCAAUUUUGUUAAGUACCAGUCUGUUGGUUCAGCUUCAGCUUACUUUCCUGCAUUACAAAAUCCGCAUGACAAGCUCAAGCCUCGUCCUGAUCGGGGUGUGAAUGCCUUUUUCUAUUUACAACACAAC